CAGAAGAAUCAUGGGGGGAAUGUAUAAGAGUUAGCAAUCCACAUGAAAUUUUAAAAUUAUUUUUCAGGAUUAAAAAAAAAACAGGAAAAAGGCAAAAGCAUGCAACUCCUGAGGGCAAUAGGAUUCUUCCGUGGAAACAUUUUAAUAUUUAGUGCCACAAUAGGGGCAGGAAUCUUUGUGUCUCCUAAAGGGGUAUUAAAAUAUUCCUCACUGAAUGUAGCUGUCUCCCUGAGUAUUUGGGCUGCUUGUGCUGUGCUGACUUUGAUCUCCGCUCUCAGUCACGCAGAGCUGGGGACAACAUUCCCUAGAAGUGGAGCACAGUAUUAUUUCCUCAAAAGAUCUCUUGGAUCCUCUGUUGCUUUCCUCAGUCUUUGGAUCAAACUUUUUACUCAUCCCUUAAGACUAGCUACUGAAACCUUGUUAUUAUCUACCUAUACAAUUCAACCUUUCUAUGCCGGGUGCCCAGCUCCAGAGCUACCAAAGAAGUGUCUAGCUUUGGCUUUUCUGUGGUCUUUGGGACUUCUAAAUACUCGAGGGGUGCAAACAGUGGCUUGGUUUCAAACUAUCAGUACUGUGGCAAAGAUGACUGUCCUUUGCUUCAUUUCCCUCUCUGGGAUUGUACUGUUAGGGAUUGGGAAAAAAGAGAACGUGGCCAGGUUUGAGAACGCUUUCGACGCUGAACUUCCUAAAGUCUCACAGAUUGCAGAAGCCUUCCUACAAGGAUUGUUUGCAUAUUCUGGCACGUCAAUCCUGAACAGCAUAGCAGGAGAGAUAAAAAAUCCUGGUGAAAAUAUUCCCAAAUCUCUGAUUACUGUCCUUCCCAUGGUGGCUGUGAUUUACUUACUGGCUAAUGUAUCCUACCUGGCAGUUUUGACUCCCAGGGAAAUCAUCUCUGCAGAUGCUGUUGCUGUCACCUGGACGGACAAAAUAAUCCCUUCCAUGCAAUGGGUCAUUUCUUUUGGAAUUUCAACUUCAAUAUUUAGCAGCAUGUGUUGUACAGUGCUUUCGGCAUCAAGGAUGAUCUACACAGCAAGCCAAGAAGGACAACUGCCUUUGAUCUUCUCGAUGCUCAAUAACCACUCGUGUCCAACCAUGGCUGUCAGCCAGAUAAUCAUCUUAACUUCAGUUGUUAUUAUAACCUCAGAUUUGAUCAAUUUAAUAAAAUAUUCAGGAUUAGCAAUAUGGUUUUUAAGAGGGUUACAUAUGAUAGGUUUACUUAAACUAAGGUACCAGGAGCCCAAUCUACCUAGACCUUACAAGGUAAAUCAAAAUUAAAAUGAUAAUAUUAAACUUCUAUUCUCUUUCUAGGAAUAUAAUCUCUUAUUCUAUAUGAGAUGCUUCUAACCAGUCAUGAGUCAAAUUUAUGAAACAUCUGAACCAGACCUCCAUUUCCCAGCUUACUGAUGUGUAAUUGACUGUAUGGGCUGCAUUUGGUCUGAUUUUUCUAGAGUAAAACGUCAAAACUGAUUCUCCUCAAGGAAGACAGAUGUUAUCCUUUUUGUCAUCUUUCAGGAGCUAGGCAGUAACACUUCUGAGGGGAGGGCUUUUUGCCCAGCUCAAAAGCAUCUCCUCAGUCCAUGAACAAAUGAGGGUGAUGUGGCAUACUCUUCUUGUGUAUGGCCUUGACAGGGUCUUUAUUUUAUACAGUAAGAUGUUAAUCUAAGCCUCAGUUUAGGUGAUUACAAAAAUUUUGAACCUGAACUUAACUAGCAAGAUAGAAUCACUAUCCUCUAGGUAAUGUCAGCAGGGCUACUGUAGGUUCCUAGAGUGUCUUCAUGCAAAAUAUAAUAAAGCACCCCUCCCUCUAGGCAGCCCCAGCCCCGUGCCCAGGCACAGAGCCUGGUGAGCUAGAUAUCAGCCCCCUUUUGCCCCCUCAGAUGGGUAUGCUUGUAUGAGUGUGAACUGCCUAAGCAACCAUAUGCAAAAGAAAUAAAAUCAGACUCUCAUUUGAAAAGACCAUUCUGACAAUAGCAUAGAAAGUGAAUUAGAAGGAGGGGUGAGCAGAUUCAGGUCAAACAGCUGGCAUAGAUUUUCUUAGCCUUACCCCCAUUUAACUCAGGAGACUCCUAGAGCUCAGAGAUUAAGUAAAUUACCCUAGAUAAAAGGAUCAGGGCUGGGAUUUAAACCACACAUUCUGAUUUCAGAGACCAAAUUUUUGUUAUAUUUACUGAAAAGAUAGUGAUGAAAUUUUUUAUUCUAUAAAGGAUCCACUGAGGAAAUUUUCUCUGAUCUUAGCAUCAGGAAUACUUGGGCCUCUUCUAAACAACUGAUUUGCUUAUGUCUUUUGGUGGCCUGCUUUCAGAAUCUAUAUGGGGCAUUGUGGCAUGCAUUUUGUGAGCCAAAUUUAUUGUUUACCCAUGUUUCUUUAUUUCCCUCAUUUCUUUUUUUUAAUUUUCAUUUAUUUUGCCUUGGUAUAAAAUAAGCCAUACCUUGCUAUAAUGUAAAUCCUAAAAGUUUCCAAACAGUCUUUGUUUUAUUCUUUAAUCAUGUUAUAAAUAUAAUCCAGUGGCCCAUAUAAUUAAGAUACUUCCUGGUUGUAGAGAUUGUAUGGAAAAUAAAAUUAUAGUCCCAUAUUUCAUGCCAGCGACCAUAAAACCACUUGAGUGUGCUUGUUAAAAAUCUGAAUUCCCAGUCUCACCCCUGGAGGUUCUAAUUUAGUAGGUCUUAGUUGGGCCUUAGGAAUCUGUAUAUUUAUCAAUUAUCUUGGAGAUUCUUAUGCAGAGAGGUCGAUUGAUCAUAUUUUAAGAAACACUAGCUUAGACAGUUUUGACUUUCUUCCCCCCCAAAAAAUGGAUCCCUCUUGGCCAUGUCCCAAGUUGAAAAAAGUGAACAAUAAUAUCUCGAAUUUCAGUCAUCCAUUCAUUCAACAAAUAUGCAGUGACUAUCUGCUAUAUUUCAGGCACUCUGCUAGGCAGUUCAGAGAAAUAAAGAUGAAUCUUUCCAUCAAGAAUCUUCUUAGCCUCAUAGAAGAGUAAGAAAUGUAUACAAAUCACUGUUAUAAAGUUAAUUAAGAAAUGCCAUUUGUUGAGCACAUUUUACUGAAGUACACUGUAUGCAAUUCUGACAAAGAUUUUAGGAGACCAGCAUUAGAUAAAAAACUCAUUUUGCAAAUGAGUCUAAGAGGACCCUUUUUUUUUGACACUCAGACUUUAUAUUUAAACCGUAAUAACACACAACACACACAUAUUUCAGGAAUAUUUGAUUAAAAACCUCUGAACAUAAUUAUCCAUUAGUACCCGCCGACCCACCGUGUCCUUCCUUCAGUUGUGGUAAGGGUGCGGGGCCCUGAGGGUCUCACUGUGCCGUGUUUGGGGUCCCUGUAGAACAGGCACUUGGGGAACCACCUUCUGGUUGUUCUCUGCAAAUGGGUCUGAAGAUCAGAUUAAUUAGGUAGACCAAAUUUAUACUGCUAGUCAGUGUCACAAGCUCCCUGGAGAAGAAACUUUAUCUGUCCUAAAUACCUCUGUAUCCUUAGCAUGGCACAUGCCACUAAGCAAUUCAGUGAAUAUUUCUUGAAAGAAUGAGCAAUUAAAAUA